CGGCGACUCUCGCACCACCUCGUGCAAGCGUCGAAGAAUCCGAUCGAUUCCAACGACAAAAAAACCCAAACAAACAGCCAAACCCGCAUCAAAAGCGCUACAACAAACCAGCGAUGAACGUCCCCUAAUACCAGCGACAGCCAGUUCGAUACAAACAAAACCCGAAGCGCGCCGCGGGAAAAUCGAUAACGCGACGACAGGCCAGCAUGAACGGCGUCCUGUCCCCCAGGCCCAAGAAGCGCAAGCAGCCCAAGGACGACAUGAAGGAGCAGAUCGUGGCCCAGGUGCACAAGUCGCCGCCGUCGAUCGGCGACGACGACCUGCACAAUUCCGAGUCGACGGAGUCGAACCGGACGUUCACCAGGUUCGAGGACCGCAACGAGAACGUGCAGACGCCCAGCCGGGAGAUCUCCGUCGACGGCGAGAGCCAGAUCAACUCCAAGAUCAUGUCGCUGAUCGAGACCGAGAUGCGGCGCGACAUCAACAGGCACUCGCACUUCACCGACUCCCGCCCGCAGAGUUUGAGCUUCUACGAGGACGAGAAGGUGCCCGAGGAGUUGUCAGGUAACCUGGAGCUGUUGAGCCCCGAGGAGCGGAAGCACUACAAGAAGCGCAAGGAGUACCAGCAGAUGGACACCGACGAGCUGAACGCCUACAACGCGAUGCAGUCGUCGCACGGCGCCCGCGACGCCGACGACAUCAUCGGCGCCGCGCUGAAGAAGUCCAAGUCGAAGAAGAAGCGCCACGGCGGCGGCGGCGGCGGCGGCGGCGGCGACGCCGAGCUCGGCAUGGGCGACAGCAGGGAGAUGAUGAUACCCAAGGAGAAGAAGAAGAGCAAAAAGAAGAGGCGGGACGUGUCGCCUGCCAAUUCCAGCAGCACCAAAAGGAAGCACAAGAAGCGCGAGGAGGAGUACGACUUGCGCAACGACAUCUCGGCGGCGUUGGAGGACCUGCAGGACGACGUGUUCGAGUCCAACGCGGACUUCGGGCCGAAGCCGGAGAAGGCGAAGAAGAGCCCGAGGAAGUCGGACAAGCUGUACGUGCAGCGGAAGAGCAAGUUCGAGGUGACGGGGCGGCCGAGCAACCCGGCGAUGCGGUCGUCGCAGUCCGAGAUCGAGGACGGCGCGUUCGGGAAGAGGUACACUGUGUACCCGUUGGAUAUUUCGCUGGUGUUCCAGAGGUGGUGGAUCAGAAUCUCGACGCUGUGCCACGGCCUGCUGGGCGGUUUGGCGCUCGGCCAUUGGCUGUAUUUGAUCUGCAAUUUUCACCAGCAGGACGCCAGUUUUUUGAUACAUUACGCUUACUAUAGUGAUAUCUACAUAGGGACCUUUUUCGCCCUUUGCGUCCUUUGCAUCGUAUCGAUUUUUGACAGGAUAGACACGGCUCAUUUAGAGAAGAACUUCUACGAGGAGAUUUUGUUCCAAAAGCGCAACUCGUUCGUGGCUUUUCUGUAUUUAUCGUGCUUGAUUAUCCACCUGACGACGUUUAUUUGGGACGAUCAGUUUUCGCGGCUGUCCUACCAGGAUUACAACAGCAAAAACAGCACGGCGCAUUCGGUGAUUCUGAGACGCGACAUAAACAUUUGGAAUCACUUGUCCCUUUGGAGGUCCCUGCUGGCGUUCACCGCUUGGAUAUUCAUCGGCUUGGGCCCCACGGAGGACUCCCUGUAUAAUCACCUGAAAUCUCUCGAGGCAUAUCUUCCGAACAACAAAUGAUUGUUGUUUGCUGCUUUGUAAAUGUUGUAUAAUUUGUGAUAUAAAAAAAUUUAAUAUGCUCUAAGACUGUUUUAAAAUUAUUCGAAAUAAAUAUUUAUGAGUUUUA